AUGGCGCCAUCAAUUUUCAACCAGAAGGAACAAGAUGAAGCUGCCCUGAUUCUUCUCCACAUGGCAGAUCCGGACUGGGAGUCGCCUAGCCUUGGGGACGAGAUGAAGGACAAUGACACUGAACAGAAAGCUGUUGAUCUCGCAGAGCAGUCGACAGCUGAUGUGGAAUCUUCUGGCUCAAGCGGUCAAGCUUCUGUUACUGUCGAUGACAACAGCGCCUCGGAGUCUACCUCAACUCCCAGCACUUCCUCUUCCACUUCGACCUUCUCGGUCAAAGGCGCGUCUAUGGCAGAGAUUGACGCACACCAUCAGACUAUCCAGCAGACCCGCGCCGCCUUGACGGCCCAACAGCGAGCUUCUCUGAAGCUCAAACCCUACUCUCACUACGACCUUCAGGGCAAAGAGAUCGGUGUCUUGUGGCAGACAAGAGCCGAACACCGCACAUUCCGCCAGACCCAGAGAAGAAGAGGUGCUAAGCUUGUUCGUGCCGGCACCACCACUGGAAUGAAGCUCCCCCGCCAGCACUGA